AUGAAACCUUCGGAAUUCGGCGACGAGUAUGUGAACAGAAAAGGAAAAACAACAAUAAACAUUCAGAUGACUUGUGACGCUAAUGAAAAAAUUACAAGUGUGGACGCUCAAUGGCCAGGGAGUGUACAUGAUGGCAGGAUUUGGCGAGUGAGUGGAAUUCAGGACGUGGUGCGCCGAUAUGAUGGUGAUGUUUGUCUCCUUGGUGAUAGCGGAUAUGGAAUUACUCCUUGGUUACUGACUCCUUUUGGCGAACCAAGAAAUGCUCGUGAGCGGAAUUACAAUUCGACCCAUGCUCAGGAAAGAGUAAUAAUUGAACGAGUUUUUGGCCAGAUGAAACGUCGUUUUCCAAUACUCUCGAGCCAAGUUAGAAUAGCAGUCAAAAAUGUUCCCAAUUUGGUAAUAAGUUGUGCAGUGCUUCACAAUGUAGCAAAACAUUUGAAUGAUCCUUGGGAAGUGGAAGACGGAAUCGAAAAUGGUGUGGCUGAAGAAAAUGUAUCUCUAUAUAAUUUAGAUCGGAAUGAAGUUAUAAAUAGACGACAUGGUCAGCAAAAACGAUUAGAAAUUAGUAAUAAUCUGAUGAUGUAA